AUGGAUUUCGUGGAAUUGGAGGCAAUCGAAGGCCUCCGAUGGUGCUGGAACUCAUGGCCAGCUUCAAAAACCGAGAGCACAGAUCUAGUGAUCCCUUUGAGCAUCAUGUGCACGCCAUUGAUGCAACAAGCUGAGCUCCCAGUACUUCCCUACGACCCAGUCACUUGCCGCCAAUGCGGCGCCGUAUUGAACCCAUAUGCCCGGGUCGAAUACACGUCUCGCAUCUGGUUCUGCUCGUUUUGCCUCCACAAGAACUCCUUCCCUCACUCUUACUCUAACAUCGGAGAGACAAAUCUCCCCGCAGAGCUUUUCCCGACUUACAGCGCAGUCGAGUACGCCAAAACCGCGAACCCAGUUGCGAAUUCCGGCCCCAACCACAACUGGGCAAAUGGGUUGUCCUCGUCUUCCUUGUCGUUGUCGUCUAUGGUGUCGACGGCUCCCUCUUCUCUGCCGGAUGGAGAUCCGAGAGGGGUCAGACCGGCGUUUGUGUUCGUUGUAGACGCCUGUACGUCUGGGGAGGAGCUUGGGGCUCUUAAAAAUGAGCUCUUGCUUGUUGUGGAGCAACUCCCAGAGACUGCUUUGGUGGGUCUGGUCACGUUUGAUUCAAUGGUUCGAGUUCAUGAUCUUGGGUUUUCAGAGUGCUCGAGGGCCGUGGUGUUUCACGGAGCACGGGAGCUUUCAUCACAUCAGACCCAACAAUUUCUGGGCAUUAAACGACCAACAUACCAGCAACUCGGAAAGAUGUCAGUUAAUCAAAAGCAGGGCUUUUUGGUACCGGUAUCUGAAUGUGAGUUCAACAUCACUACUGCAAUUGAAGAGAUCCAUUCUUCACUUCUAGGCAAGCCUGGCCAUCGCCCACUAAGGUCUACAGGAGUAGCAAUAUCAGCUGCAGUUGGACUUCUGGAAGGAUGCUUUGUGAGCACGGGCUCCAGGAUCAUGGUCUUCACUUCUGGACCUGCAACUUUGGGUCCAGGAAUUAUUGUUGAUUCAAAUCUAGGCAAUUCCAUCAGAACUCACCGAGACCUCAUCAAUGGUCACACACCUUAUUAUGGUAGAUCUUGCAGCUUCUAUAGGCAAGUGUCGCAGAGGUUAACUGAUGCAUCUAUUGUUCUCGAUUUGUUUGCUUGUUCUCUUGAUCAAGCUGGAGUGGCAGAGCUGAAAACCCCUGUUGAGAGUUCCGGUGGUUUAAUGAUGCUAGGUGAAUCAUUUGCGUCAAAUCAAUUCAGAAAAUGUUUGCGCCACAUUUUUACUCAUGACGAAGAGGGGUAUUUGAAGAUGUAUUUGGAUGCUACUAUUGAGAUAGUGACCACUAAAGAUAUUAAAAUCUGUGGAGCCCUAGGUCCUUGUGUAUCUCUUCGGAAAGUCAACAAUUUAGUGAGUAGCAGUGAGAUUGGGGAGGGUGGUACCUACGUGUGGAAGUUGGGUACAAUCACCAAUAAAACAUGCAUUGCUUUUUUCUUCCAAGUGAGUAAUGAGCAGAAUGUUCAACCUGGGUCGGCAUUCUUCAUACAGUUCAUAACACGAUACCGAUAUGGGAACAUGGGAGUCCGGAAAAGGGUGACAACUGCUGCAAGAAGAUGGGUUGGGAACCGUUCACCAGAAAUUGCUGCUGGGUUUGAUCAAGAAGCAGCAGCCUCAGUGAUAGCCAGACUUGCUAUUCACCGAGCCGAGACUUGUUUUGCUCGAGAUGUUAUCAGAUGGCUGGAUGACACGUUGAUCCAAUUUGCUUCCAAAUUUGGAGACUACGCUGAGGAAGAUCCAUCUUCUUUCCGCUUGACAUCCAACUUCUCCCUGUUUCCUCAAUUCAUGUAUUACUUGAGGAGGUCUCAGUUUAUUGAUGUCUUUAACUGUAGUCCGGAUGAGACAGCUUUCUUCCGGCUGAUGCUGAAUCGUGAGGGGGUGGUGGGCUCUCUUAUCAUGAUCCAACCCACACUUUUCCAAUAUUCCUUCGAUGGUCCACCCGUUCCCGUCCUCCUAGAUGUCCGCUCCAUAUCUCCAGAUGUUAUUUUGCUCUUUGAUUCAUACUUCCAUGUGGUUAUUCAUUACGGGUCCAAAAUUGCUCAAUGGAGGAAGCUUGGGUAUGACAAGGACCCAAACCAUGAGAAUUUGAGGAAGCUGUUGGAAGCCCCGGAAAUAGAUGCAGAGCAGUUGGUGGCUGACCGAGUUCCUGCACCUAGGCUUAUUAAAUGUGACCAGCAUGGUAGCCAGGCAAGGUUUCUUCUUGCAAAGUUGAAUCCAUCUGUUACCCAAAAUUCAACAUACUCUAAUGGCUCAGAUAUCAUUUUUACUGAUGAUUUGAGCUUGCAAGUAUUUUUAGAUCACUUGCAGGUCCUGGCAGUGCAAGGCUGA